UGGAGUCGAUGCGCUUCUAUUUUGUAGCUUCCCAGCCACUUUAAUCAAAGUAUGGCUAAUUAUAUCAAUGAUUUUUAAUGUUCAGAGGUUGAGGACAUACUUUUUAUUUGUUUCUCUUCGAUCUGUAUUUAGUUAUUUGAUGAGAAGAGGUUAUUUGCUAGAAAUCUGUCAAUAACUGAAACAUCUGCUAGCUAGCAAUCAGUCAAGUGGUUGGAAUGUUCAUUAACGUUCUAUUAAUUUGGAGAUCGAUAUGGCGCAGAGAGAGUUAAAAAUGUGCCUUCUUGGGGACACUGGGGUUGGAAAGUCAAGCAUUGUUUGGAGGUUUGUGGAGGACAGCUUUGACCCCAACAUUAAUCCAACUAUUGGGGCAUCCUUCAUGACAAAGACGGUGCAGUAUCAAAAUGAGCUGCACAAAUUCCUCAUCUGGGACACGGCAGGGCAAGAGAGGUUCCGUGCGUUGGCGCCAAUGUACUACAGAGGCUCUGCGGCAGCCAUCAUUGUUUAUGACAUCACUAAAGAGGACUCGUUCCAGACAUUGAAGAACUGGGUGAAGGAGCUUCGCCAGCACGGCCCUCCCAACAUCGUGGUAGCCAUCGCUGGCAACAAGUGUGACCUGUCCGAUGCCAGGGAGGUCUUGGAGAAGGAUGCCAAGGACUACGCAGACUCCAUCAAUGCCAUCUUUGUGGAGACCAGCGCCAAGAACGCCAUUAACAUCCAUGAGGUCUUUAUAGAGAUAAGUCAACAGAUCCCUGUCCUAGAUGCAGGAGGAGGGGCUGCAGGGAAGGGCUUCAAACUGCGCCGCCAGCCCUCGGAGACCCGGACCUGCUGCUGAUGCUGCCAGUGAACCCUGAUCUUAGUCCCAUCCUGACCCUUAACCCCUGAUGCCAUGACCUUUCUUUGCUUACAGCCUCCAUAGUCCCUCCAACCAAAUACCACUCCUCCGUCGGGAACCACUGACACCUCCAUCUAAUCCUGCACUCUAAAGAGCAAGCACAUUGAAAUUCACUGGGAUAUUGCCUGACAUUUUGACCAUAUCUCAUUGUCCUUUGCAGCUAGCUUCGGCUUGGUUAUUGUGAAGCUGUAUGUUUGUGUUUCCUGUCUCCCUACCCAGACCCCAAAAGGUUCAACCAAAGUCCACAGCCUUUAGUAUUUUGCCUUUAGGUUCCCCAAGAAGGUCAAUGGCAGUCUCACCCCCCUCUCUUGCUGUGUAGGGUGCCAUUUGAGAUGCAUCCUCAAAGGUUUUCAGCGUAAAAUGUCUAAAUAUAGUGGUCCAAAGCCACAGCAACGAUUUCCCCAAGUUAUAAGAGCUCCCCUCCCUGCCUGUCUUUUUUUUAUAGGUCUUGUAAUACUUCUGAAAAGAAGAAGAACGUUAACACAGAUUGUAUUUCUGUUUCGAUCUCGUAAACCUCUACACGGGUCCUGGCAUCAUCGGGUUUACAGAAUGCUGUGAUUCUUUUCUUGCAAUGGCUACAGGGUCUAUUUUGUAACAAGAGACAAUAUGGAGGUUAUUUUUGAAGAGUUUAACAUACCUUUACAUUUUCAGUUUCUUAAAAAAUGGCUAGGUAGGCCUGUAUAGAUGUACUUUCUCCACCUCUCAAGGGACUAAUACUGAUCUCUUACUAAAUCAACUACAGUAAAUCACACCACACUAAGUAACGACCGUUUCAUUAAUCUGGAGUGUACCAAAACAUUUUUUAACAUUUCCGUCGGGUUUGCCCAACUGUUUGCAAAGAGUGCCACUUCAGUCUGAAAAUAUGAACACCUGUAUGGAUCUAUCUAACCAUUGUGAUCCAGGUUGAUGAGUCAGAUGUGCAUGAUGGGAAAUGUAUUUGUGUAGUCUGACCUAUAAUGGCCCUCACACGGUGCUUUGCAGCAUAGGGCCAACUAAGGCAGGUGUUUACCAAACCGUUUGAUACUACAGUAAUGAAAAUCCCCAAUGGGAGUAAUGGGCUUGUUAUUUAUUUUGUGUCUUGUUCCUCUGUUACAAUUUUGUGUUCAUCAAUAUCGUUGUCACUUUCAUUCCAUCUGUUUUAGCCUCAACACUUUGGAGGGAAAAUGGGUUUUGUGAUGGUAACGUGGCUGGUUGAUUGUUGCCACUGAAAAGGAGAGGACAGUCCUUUUAUGGCUGACCUCUACAUUGAGAGCAGUGAUAUAGUGGUAAAAGAAAAAAGGUAAACUCUUAUCGCCGGUCGCGGUGAAAAAAGUAACGCUCCUUAUACUUUUAAUGCAUUUUUCUACAAAAGGUGGGUAAACUGUGUUUACUUGCGUUUACCCUCCACUACACUGAUUGAAAGGCGUUCAUGAUUAAGGCCCUGUGGUUGUCUCUUAAAGGGCCAGCCUGUUUGAGUGCUAACAAGACUAGCAGUCAGUAAGUGUGCGAUAUUACAUUUACAUUUAUGAUAACUUUUCAAACUGCUCACAUUUACACUUUAAUAUUUGAGCAAAUGAGCCACUCGCUGGAAUUCUGUAAAUGAAUUGCCCUGGAGUGCUUGGAGAAUACUGCCAGGCUUUUUACAAUAUUCAUUGUGUUUCAAUAUUUCUGAAAUGGCAUUGUAACUGUUUGUGUGAGUUGGCAACUCUGUCCGUCCUCGAUCUCUUGCUGUUUUUCUUUUACGACCAUUUUACAGGAGAGAGGGAUUUUGUGAGGUCCUGCCAAUUCUUUAAUUGUCCCAUAAACAUUUUUCAACUUUCUUUUACAGAAUAAGCACUGACUCGCACAUCCAUUGUAGUUUUACUACCUGGCCUAAGAUUUAAAAAAGGGCCAUAUCUGGAAACUUGACUUGUUCUGGGAAGAACUUGACUACACUCUUCGAGCUUAGAUAUUUCUAAAGAAAAGGUUACGCGAAGAGAACCAGGCACUGCGUUCCGUUGACAUGCUGACCCGCUAACGAACCGUGCUCUCUUUUCCACUCUGAAUAAUGUGCUGUACUCUGGGGACCGGUCUCAUUCGUUCCCCUCGCCCCUUCUUUCCAGCGCCAGCUGCCUUUCCUUCCGUCCACUGUGACGCAAGCAAUUAAGUCGCUUGAAUAUGGAGUGGAACUGGAACACCCUGUCCAGAAAUACAGAGAAUCAUCGAAAGAACACUAUGAGCAACAUGUUCACUAUGAUGUCUUAAAUUGCUCCUCUGUGUAGCACAUGAAUGUUAAGUCUCACAUGUUAGUUCAUGAGCCAUUGCUAUUGCCAUUUGAAUGGCAAUUUAGGGAUAAUGCCUAGCACAGAGUUGUCAAUGGAAUUGUUCCCCUUUCCUUUUGGUUUCCUCUUAGUGGCUUUACCUCUUGCCAAAAAUACAGAAAUGGGCCACAUUUUAACACCGGUCGUAAACUGGCCACCAUGCCUCCCAAUUGUCUGUCCUUUCUCCUAAUGUGUGUAUUUGUUCACUUCCCUUCAUGGAUUUAAUGACUGGUCUAAGAAAUGUGUUGGAAACUCUCUUUGUAUACAUUGUACACCAAUCUAAUCCGAUUAUUUUAAAUGAGUGGGGAGGAGUACACAAGUGCACACCAAUAAUAAUAAGUGGACCGAUAAUUGGAAUGCAAGGUGGGUCUCUUGAGGUUAAGUUGUCUUAGUGGCUUGUGUCUUUUCCAUUUUACUCUACAUGUUUGUUUUUUUAUUGACCAUGGUGCAUUUUAAUAAGUAGUGAGUUGUGUAAAUAGCAGGGUAGACAGUACAUUAUUCAAGAAUUUGUUUUUACAACCAUGUCAGUGCAAUAAUUGUCUUUAUGGCAAGGGUUACUAAAAUGCGACAAACAAGAAUUCCUAGGGAUCGAGGAGAUUUAUAAUGUGGUUAUAUGUUACUUGUAGUUGUGAUGUGUUGAUUUCUGAUCAUUAAUUCUUCAAAAGGCCUUUAAAAGUUCUAUGUUAAUGAUUUUGUAGCAUUUUGAAGUGUUCCUCAAUGAUUUCCACUUGAAAUUAUAUCGUGUUUAGCAAGGACAAUGCAUUAAAAAAGGGACAUUUAUUAUAGCUCUGGUACUUCUACAACUGCACUUUCAGAUCAAGUAUUUGUAUUGAUUUGUGCACCGAACCCUAUCCUGUGUUUCUGAAGCAAACAUACCAAUACAUCUUGCACUGUUUGAGUGAAUCAACUUGAUUGUUUUUGUAAUGCCAUUGCGUCACAUGCUGCCUUUGCAUUGCAGCAAUAAUUAUUUUACAGUAUAGCUUUUUAUUUUGCACUCUCUUGUAGAAGGUGGUGCAGCUACUCUGUGCCAUUUAAAAAGUCAUUUUUAUAACACAUAUCACUAUUUCAUUGCUCACAUUUGUUCUAAUGCUUAACGGUUGGAAAAGUGGGUAUUUGUAAGACAAAUAACAAUCCAAUGAAUGAAUUUAUUUCAAUAGGACUGAUAUGCUUAUAUGAACUGUAACUCAGUAAAAUCUUUGAAAUUGUUGCAUUUAUAUUUUUGUUCAGUAUACAAUAAUUCCACUUGUAUUUUGCCAUAUUUAGCUUUCAUACUUAUCAUAAUGAUUGAAAAAUAAAUUUAAAAGCCUGAAAACAUUUGUUAGCAAUGUGUUGCUAAAUGCCUAAAAGGGUUUACUAAUAAUAAAAAAUAUAUAUUAAAGGAA